ACGACAGGCCUGGAACUUACAAUAUCAUCUUUCAAGGUAGACGAUUUAAUUUAUGACAUCGCAGCAAACUAUUGCCAUAUAUGGUAAUCAAGCCUACUAUUUAACAAAAUGUGUGUUUCACGGGCAUUAGAAAAAUCAAUCUCACAGAGGGUAACAGUCGUAGGUGUUUACGAGUUGAAAUAUAUUUUAACUCUGCUAUAAUUAAUUUACUGGAGCAAAUUAUAAAUAAAUAUAUGUUUGCAUAUUUUUUGUAAAAGCAUAAGAAAUUCGUACUUAUAAACUUUUACGUUUAACAACUGGUGUUAAAAUUAAACAUCUUCAUACAAAGUGAAUUUUUUUUGUGUUGUGACUACGUGAUUCCUUAAGACAUUUAUUACAACUCAACAAUGGAUACGUUUGGAAUCUAAAUAAAUCAUUUGGAAUAGAGUUACAUGACUAAGAUAAACAAUGGACCACAGGGCGCAGCUUGAGAACAAGAAAUACAGGAACUGGGUGAGAGCCGGACUUGGUAUUAAAUAUGUAAAAGACGGCUUGGAACCAUUCUGCGACCAUCUUGUUAACCAGCAGCAUGUUGAUAUAUUAGAUAAAGUUAAACAGAAACAUAAUCUAUUGGCAGUUUCAUGUGGACUUUGCGAUGUACGCACACUCCAGCCGGACCAUGUUCAAACCAAAAAUAGACAGUGUCCUCUCGGUCAAAUUCAUUGUAACUGUCUACAUCCUCGCGGAAGAACGUCUUGUCCCAACAACGUUUGUGGUGCUAUAUACGACGAAAUUAUUAGCCGUCACGCAUCUACUCCUCCCGCUCCAUACUGGAGAAACACAGACGCUCAUCAGUGGUGUACUGUACCUUGGGCUGUCGCAAAAUGUUUCAUAAAUGCUCCAGGAUAUGAACACAAGCUAAGAGCAACCGAGUUUGACUGUUCCGGUUUGUUGCACCUGUUGAUUGAUAACCUAGAGUUCCAUCACCAUAUCCAUUGUAUAAUUGAUGGUAAUGAUGCUUUCUCAAGGGUACUUCAACACAGAAACGCCAUAUUUCAUUGUAACAAUAUGGAAGUAGAGGACACAGACACUGCAAAUUAUAUAGAUGAUAUGAUAGAACUGCUGCAAGAUGAUAAAGAAAUCAAAGAUAGACAAGAAUCUAAAAAUGCGGUCAAGAAACUGCUUGAGCUAAAGCAGGAAAAGUUUGUAAUAACAACUACAGAUGAAAUGGAAGUCCGUCGUAUUGCAAUGGCUGCAAUCGAACAGAAGGAAAAGAAACUUGAACAGAGAAUAGUUGACGCUGCGACUGGAAUUGGAGUUAAAACUGAUGAAAGUGAAAAGCAGAUAAAGGAGAUAGGUUCAACUAUAAAACACGAACUCGCGCAGAAAAUGGUUGAAAUGAAAGAUGAUUUGAGAAAGACCGAAGUCGACUCAAUAGAAAGACUCGAGAAGAGAGAGAAGGAAAUCAAGAAAGUACUUAGGAUGAAAGAAAUUGAAUCUGCAAAGAAGAUGGAUCAAAAAGAGAGAGAAAGCAAAGAUAAUUUGAGAAAGAUAGAAGUUGAUUUAAAACAGAAAUUGGAACAGAAAGAGUUGCAAAUCAAAAGGAAUUUGAGAGUGACAGAAGUUAACUCAAAAGAGGGACUUAAGCAUGAAGAGAUAGAAAUUAAAAAGAAUUUAAGAGUGGUAGAAUUGGAAUCAAAAGGGAGACUAGAUCAGAAAGGAAAAGAAAUUGAAAAACAUUUAGAGCGUAAAGGAGAAGAUAUACUUUAUCAGCUGGAAAGAAAACAGUCAGCUCAGAUUCAAAUCGAAGGCAGGCGUAGUGACGACAUUAGUAAGGCAGCAGCAGACGAUUUGAUGCAGUCCAGUCCUCGUGACACGCCUGCACAGUCUAAUUAUGAAAGAAUGAGAGCAGAAACGCCAAAAGCAGUAGAUGAGACGCCAAAUUUAUUUCAAAGAAUAUAUGGAUGGUUUACAUACCCGAAACGAAAGAAAGGUAAUGUAACUUCAAUAAGUAUUAAACCAUAUAGAAUCCACUUUGAAGAGGUCGGGAACGCAGUAUUUUACAGCUUCCCAAUCACUACUUUAUCGAUGUGAUGGACCACUCACUUUAUGCCGUUCGUUAGUUAGUUCGAUUUUAUAUUUCUCUUCAUAUAACAUUACCUCUGACUGAAACCGUUUGAUGGAGGUUGAUAAAACUUGGCAUGUUCCCAUGUUUUUUUCAACGGUAUAUUUUCAUUGCACUCUUUUAUUAAAUGUCAUUCAGUUUAGUUCAUUAACAAUUCAUUGCCUUGAUGUUCCAUUUUUUCAGUCUUUUGUUUUCGUCUGGCAGUAAUAAGAUUCAUUGACUUUGUCCUAUAACUUUGAAACAUGUCGGGGAAAUGAGUGUCAGUAUUUGGUUUAAAAUGCCUUCCUUGCAACUGUUGUGUCACUGUCGUUUUUAUUUUGUUUCAUUUGUCGCGGUCAUCUUUAUAUAUAUUUUUUGUGUAAUUACCGAUUCAUACUUGUAAUGAUGUGUGGUUUCGUUGAGCUUAUAAUUGCAGAAGUGAGAAAUGAUAAAGAGAAGAAAAUUUCAGCAAAACAUUAGGGCAGCAUAAGGAAAAAAGACACAUUUAUACAGUAAAUAUUUUCACCAUGUGUUUUAGAAAUAUACGCAGCAUAGGCAGAAGUAAACAUUGCCUAUCACUGUAUUUUUUUUUGUAUGAAUUAACUAAAUACGGUAAGCACUCACAAAUAUAAUAUUUCUAACUAGUAUCAUGCUUUAUUGGAUUAAAAUUAUACUGAAAUUUAGUAUAGUCUACGUUUUAUUGCAAUGAUCCGAAAAUGUAAAAGGAAGAGACAUUAAGUUUGUAGUUUUUAUUUUCAACAUUAAGAAAGAGAGAAUCGAUGUGAUGUGGUUUAAGGAAGGUGUCUCCAUACAAUCACUUCGGUAAAUAUAUUUUAUUUUGAAAUCUAAUCAAGUGUCUCCAUACAAUCAUUUCGGUAAAUAUAUUUCAUUUUGAAAUCUAAUCAUUCGGCGCCAUGGGAGCAACUUUUGAAGUUGCCACUAUUUAUGUUUCAGAAUUGCAAGCCCUUAUGAUCAAUCUGGCAUUUAGCUUCUUUUGUAGAAGAUCUACUGAUGUAAGAAACCUCUAAUUUUAGAGGAAAAAAAUGUUGUAUUUUUUUUUCUGAGUAGAUAAAUAGAACAAACCAAAAUCAACCGUUGGUGGUCAUACUUGACCAGUUAGGUUUCUUUACCUAUUUACGUAUUGUAUUGAUUCAGUGAAUUACAUUCUCUGCAAGAAAUGAAUAAAGAUUGCUGCAAAAGCCUGACAAUGGCAUUUUUCAUUUAUUAUACAAUUACUAAGCUAUUAUAACAAAAAGAACUGUCACUUGUUGUAGUUACACAUAAGAAUAUUAAGUUCUAAGUUUACCAUUAAGCCGGUAUGGAGGCUCUGAUUUGAAAUAGCCAACUAUUUCAUAGACGCCGAAUGAUCAGAUUUUAAAAUGAAACAUAUUUUACCGAUUGAAAUGUUUCUCUGGAGAUCUCUUACUUAAACUUUAUUGAUUUUAAAUUCCCCAUAAAUAUUGAAAAACAAAAUUUAGUUCUUUCCCGCAUUCACACCCUGCGAUGCAUAUAAAUCUAACAGACAUGGUGAAGAAAUUAAAAUGUGUCUUUCGUCCUCUUUUGUUGCACUUAAUAUGCUAUUUAACGUAUGUUAGCAAUGUUGUUGUUAUUGUUUUCUUUGAAAUUAUCUUCUUUUUAUGCCCCCGAAGGGAGGCAUAUAGUUUUUGAACCGUCUGUCGGUCUGUCAGUCUGUCCGCAAUUUUCGUGUCCGGUCCAUAUCUUUGUCAUCGAUGGAUGGAUUUUCAAAUAACUUCGCAUGAAUGUGUACCACAGUAAGACAACGUGUCGCGCGCAAGACCCAGGUCCGUAUCUCAAAGGUCAAGGUCACACUUAGACAUUAAAGGAUAGUGCAUUGAUGGGCGUGUCCGGUCCAUAUCUUUGUCAUCGAUGGAUGGAUUUUCAAAUAACUUGGCAUGAAUGUGUACCACAGUAAGAUAACGUGUCGCGUGCAAGACCUAGGUCCGUAGCUCAAAGGUCAAGGUCACACUUAGAUGUUAAAGGAUAGUGCAUUGAUGGGCGUGUCCGGUCCAUAUCUUUGUCAUCGAUGGAUGGAUUUUCAAAUAACUUGGCAUGAAUAUGUACCACAGUAAGACGACAUGUCGCGCGCAAGACCCAGGUCCGUAGCUCAAAGGUCAAGGUCACACUUAGACGUUAAAGGAUAGUGCAUUGAUGGGCGUGCCCGGUCCAUAUCUUUGUCAUCCAUGGAUGGAUUUUCAAAUAACUUGGCAUGAAUGUGUACCACAGUAAGACGACGUGUCGCACGCAAGACCCAGGUUCGUAGCUCAAAGGUCAAGGUCACACUUAGACGUUAAAGGUCAUUUUUCAUGAUAGUGCUUGAUGGGCGUGUCCGGUCCAUAUCUUUGUCAUUCAUGCAUGGAUUUUAAAAUAACUACGCAUGAAUGUGUGACACAGUAAGACAACGUGUCGCGUGCAAGACCCAGCUCCAUAGGUCAAAGGUCGUAAACUCUAACAUCGGCCAUAACUAUUCAUUCAAAGUGCCAUCGGGGGCAUGUGUCAUCCUAUGGAGACAGCUCUUGUUAUUAUUUCUCUUAAUGUUAUCACUUACAUACAGACUAUCUAGCAGUUAUUAAUUAAAUGAAAUACCAAUGCUUUGAAUGAACUUGUCAAUCAAUCAAGUACUUAGAAAUGUAUUUCACCCGACAGUAUUCUCCGUUUAGUACGAAGAUAAUCUGCAAAUGUUAACGUAUAGUAUAAACUGUUUGGAGUGUUAAUGUGUAGUAUAAACUGUAUGGAAUGUUAAUGUAUAAACAGUAUGGAAUGUUAAUAGUAUUAAUUUGUAUUGAUUGGAUAUGAUUAAAGCCAAAAAAUUACUACAGUAUCCUCGCAUAUUAUCCAUAUCAUAGCAUAGUUUUCGUAUCAUAUAUCACUUAUGACAUGCUUAUGUGUUUUCAUGUUUGUCAUGUAUAUUACAAUUGAGCUGAAUCUGAUUAAAGGCUAGAUAAAUAACUAGAGAAUCAUAGCAUACAUAUGCUUAUAAAAUUAUAUAGUUUUUAUUCUGGAAAUAUAACUAUCCAAAAGUAUGUCAGGUUUUAUAAGCUUUUUAAUAAUUGAUUUUUGCCGUGCUCGAAAUGUGAAAUAGAAAGGAGGAGGUAGUUUUUUUUCAGCGGGACAGGGGACUCCACGCAAUUUAAAUUGUAAUGAUAUUUUGCAAGAACUGUCUCCAAUGAACCAGUAAAUAAUUCCUUGUAGGUAACAAUCUUUUCUGGAUAAAAAGCAAUAUACUUGACUGUUCCAAUAUUCAUAAAUAUGGCCUUUUCUUUGUGUUAAAAGAUGAAAAUAAAUGGAGAUAAUUUGCAAUAAGCAUAUCCUAGACAUCCCAGUUUUUGAAAUCAAAUGUACUUUUGUUGCUGACAAACAUUUUAGUCAGUGAUGUUUACUGAGCAGAUGUAUCUAAUAAAGUACUGAUAACCAAAGGUACAGUGGCUGCCAUUGGUGAAUGAGGAAUUGAAAGUCCAACAUAAAUUAUAGCAAUAAAUAAAGAAUAAAAUGGCACGAUAGAUAGAAGAUUCGACGUAAGUUAACUACAUGUAUACAAAACAUUCAAAAAUAUUACAUAUUAUGGAAUGAUUUGUUAAUACUUGUAUAAAAGUUAUAUGGACCUAGCAUGUUGUGGUGGCCGAAGUACUAUAGAAACAGAACUAAAGGUUACCCAUCACGUAUUUUAUAUCUCUACCAACCGCCUUUAAAACGGCAAACAGUCAUUAUAAAUUGCGCAGAAUUACCAAAGAAAAUGACCAUAAACAGUCCAAAACAUCCGUACUAACGACAUUUUUAACCAAUAAAAUCAACACUGCACAUGACGACAUUAAUUAUGUCAGAAAGUUAAAAUGGACAUACUCUUCCGUCAGAGUGGAGAAUGCUUCACGAAACAGGACAUUUUAUUUUACAUAGAAAAAUAUUGACAAUAAUAUAAUUGCCCAAACUACACACAUUUCCUUCAAGUUAAUUAAUAGUCUGCUAAUAAAAGUUGUGACGAUUUUCUGUACAAUUACCUUACAUGGAACAAACAUUCCGAAAGUGUCUGAAAUAAAACGGACAGUCUAAACAUAUCUAAAGGCAGUUUUAUAGGUAGUGGAAAUUGAUGGAAAACUGGUUAAAGUACAUUUCUUGUUUUCUGAAAAAUGUUCUAAAUUUGCUAUAUGUCUUUAGUUCAUAUCGAACUAACAUUUGACAUUUUUAUGCCUUUAAAUAUUAUUAGAUAUUUUGCACUGUACAAGGUUUCAUUGAUUCAAUACUUGUAUUGACAUCCACAAGUACAAUAUAUAUGACAACUUCUACACGUGAAUCAGGUGUGGAGAAACAAAACGACAUUAAACUAUAUAAUGUUUAUUCAAAUCGUUGCCAUGUCAAUCAAAACGGAUGCCUCUAACUACAAACCCCUUAAUUAGUUGUACUCAUUACUUUCAUUGUCAAGCAAACUGACAGAAGCUUUUCAUAUCUUCUCGAUGCUGUCCGCGCAGUUUUUAGCACAUUUCGUUGUGUCUUCGUGGCGUGUGCUAAAUCAGGAUAUAUUAUGAUACGCAUUCCUUGUGAUAAUGUAAUGAUAAAUCUAUAUCAGUACUUUUUAAUACGGCAAUGUAUAUUAAAGUGUCAAAUUAAAGAGCAAAUAAAUUUUUUUUUAAAUAAUUAUGGGAAAAAAACAUAAAAUAUUCGCGUCAAAUUCUGACUGAUUGACUAGACACACAUUGAUGAUCUCAGAGAGAGACUAUUUUCCAAGUGUGCACAAAUUUUUCAUGCAAUACAAAAUGUCAUGUCCUAAUUGCUGACAAAUAUUUUUACAGGUUCGUAGCACGUUGGGCAUUAUGUUAUAUCAAUAGUAUCAAAUAAAUUGUGACACAUAUUGUCUUGAUCUUUCUUCGAACU